UAGCCACUUGUCAUUGUUCGCCUCAUCCAUAAUGUACCUUUCUUUCCCUCUUUUUCUCUCUCUUUCACUCACUCACUCACUCGCUCCUGUCUUCUCUUAUGGUGAAAUUCUCGUUGCUCUUCUCUUCAUUUUCUCGAUUCUCGUAAUUCGCAAGCCCAAUGUCUUCCGCCACCGAUAACCAUAUCCACGAAAACAACCACCACAAUGGUUCUCGCAUAGCCAAAAAACCCAAACUCUCCUCAUCCUUUAUAACGGCCUCGGAAAUCGAAACCGAAUUUGGCCACCACGAUACCUCCGUCGCGCGCAUCAAUAACGGCAGCUUCGGUUGCUGCCCCGCCUCCAUCAUCGCCGCGCAGCACCGCUGGCAGCUCCGGUACCUCCGCCAGCCCGACCACUUCUACUUCAAUGACCUCAAUACCGGCAUCCUCCAAUCGCGAACCCUAAUCAAGGACCUCGUCAACGCCGACCACGUCGAUGAGAUCUCCAUUGUCGACAACGCCACCACCGCUGCCGCCAUCGUCCUCCAGCACACCGCAUGGAACUUCCGCGAAGGAAGAUUCCAGAAAGGUGAUGUCGUCCUCAUGCUUCACUACGCUUACGGUGCCGUCAAGAAAUCCAUGGAAGCGUACGUCACUCGCGCCGGCGGCAAUGUUGUCGAGGUUCCCCUCCCUUUCCCUGUUAACUCCAACGAUGAGAUCGUUUCCGAGUUUAGGAAGGCCUUGGAGAGAGGAAAAAGUAACGGAAAUAGGGUUAGAUUAGCGGUGAUUGAUCAUGUGACUUCCAUGCCGUGUGUGGUUAUUCCUGUCAAGGAGUUGAUUCAAAUUUGCAGGGAGGAAGGGGUGGACCAGGUUUUUGUUGACGCUGCUCAUUCCAUUGGAUGCACUGAUGUUGACAUGAAGGAAAUUGGUGCUGAUUUUUACACUAGCAAUUUGCAUAAGUGGUUCUUUUGUCCACCUUCAAUUGCGUUUUUGUAUACUCGUAGGAACCCUAAGGGUUCUGGUUCUGAUUUACAUCACCCUGUGGUGUCUCAUGAGUAUGGCAAUGGCUUGGCUGUGGAGAGUGCUUGGAUUGGGACCAGGGAUUAUAGUGCACAGUUGGUUGUUCCUGCUGCGAUGGAGUUUGUUAACCGGUUUGAAGGGGGUAUUGAGGGGAUCAAGAAGAGGAAUCACGACGCUGUUGUGGAGAUGGGGGAGAUGUUGGCAAAGGCAUGGGGUACUCGGCUCGGGAGUCCGGCGCAUAUGUGUGCUAGCAUGGUUAUGGUUGGUUUGCCUGUUUGUUUGGGGAUUGGAAGUGAUUCUGAUGCUCUCGAGUUGAGAACACAUUUGAGGGAUGCUUUUGGAGUUGAGGUUCCGCUAUAUUAUCGGCCCCCAAGAGAGGGGGAAGUUGGGGUGAUUACUGGGUAUGCCAGAAUUUCUCAUCAAGUGUAUAACAAAGUUGAUGACUAUUACAAGUUCAGAGAUGCGAUUAACCAACUUAUGCAAAAUGGGUUCACGUGUGCUGAUCUUUCGGGUUGAAGAGGUUUGGUCUAACCUCCUUUGAAUGUUGAGAGGUGUCACUGUUGUCUUUCUGACGAAUAAAAGCUGCUUGCAAGCUUGACUAGUUGUGAUGGUUUCGGUACCACAGACUGCAGGUUUUGCUAAGAAGCUACAGUAAUUGCUCAUUUUAGCUUUGCUGUGAAAAAUUCCUUAGGAGUAGCUUCAAUGUCGAUAUCGAUGGAAAUAUCCUUGUGUAUAAUCAUGAUCCUGUGAAGAUUUAAGAAACUUCCUGAGUCUAUAUAAAACUUUUCCAUAAUCUUUAAGUUUGAUAUUUUAGGAUU